AACUCAGAGAUCGGUACUGCCAAGUAUUCCGAUGGAGAAUACUCUCUAGAGCUCAUCCUCAACUCUCAGGACGGCCGCUCCAAGAACUUCACUCACAUGUUCCGCGUGGAGACACUCACAGCUAUCAGCAGUAGUGCAAUUGAGCCCCUGGAUUUCGAAUGCUUCACACAGACUAACAACGUAAGUGUUGUUGUCCAAGCCGGAGCCAACAAGGAAGUCAAUCUUCACUGCCUUCUCGAUGGGGUUCCACAGCAACAUUGGACCGUCCAACAUGGUACUGUUCAGAGAUGUAAG